AUGUCUAAUGGUAACACUGAGCAACCCGUGACCAUCCUGGUGCCGUUCUGUUACAGGGCUGUGGACUACAGCACUACAGAAAACCUGCUUCGGUCUUGUGAGGGAAUCCCAGUAGGGAAGGUCAUCUUUAGCUACCUAGACGAGGGUGAAAAUCUGUUGGACUACUUCUACCGACUAAAAGAAGUUAUUGACGACAAUCACGUCAAUGUGGUUCUGGCACUCUUUGACGUCGCUACGCUCGUGCAGUCGGCUCUGUCACGAGAGUUCCCGAAUCGACUCGAAGGACCGAGUGUGGAGUCGUCGUUUCUCGCCUAUCACAAGGUGUACACCAGCCAGUGUCUGGACCCGGACUCCGAGUCUUCUGCUCACGGCGUCUUGGACUUGGACUCGCCGACCCUUCCUGAAGAUGCCGCAACUCUGUUAAAGAGUGUGGAGCUUCCUGCCUUUGCAAAGGUUCCUUGCUGUGAUAACUCCCAGGGCGUUUGGAAGAUCAGCAGCGCCAGUCAGCUGACGGAUGUACUGGAAGAGAUGGGACGUAUUAACGAAGGGCAUUACUCCCAGAAUGAACACAUCAGCAACGCGACCUUCAUGCGUGACUUCAUACUGAAGGUACUGGAUGUGGACCACUACCCGAUGGUUCUGAGGAACACUAUCAUAGUAGAGCCGUACAUUGAUGCACCGGCAAAGGUGUGUGUGGACGGAUGUGUUUACAACAAAGAGAUCAUCCACUGGGCCAUCUCUGACAGUCUCCACUGGCCGGGACAAGAUAUCCCCUUCCAGGGUAGCUACAUGCCUUCUACCCUCUCAGACGCGGUCCAGAAGCGACUGUGGGGCGGAUUUGACAAGGUGGUGGGCAGGAUGGUGGACCACGGCUUCAACAACCAGUUCGUACAUGUGGAGUACUUCAUCCUGGCCGACGGGCAGAUCAAGCUGAUUGAGGUGAAUGCCCGGCCGUCCACUAACCUGAGCGGCCUGUACGCGGCCUGCCUGUCGGGCCCGCUGCCGCUGCAGGUGCUCCUCGGGCUGUGCUGCGGGGUCCGGCCCGUCCCCCCUGUACCCACGGGACGGGCCGCUCUCAACCUGCCUCUCCAAGUCCGCGGCGGCUACACGGGGAAGGUCGGAGACAUGGUCAACAAGUCUGAGCUGGAAAUCCUAAAGAAAGACCCUGACGUCAAGAUCACUAUGGUCAUGUAUUUCGACGAGGAGUUUCUCCCUAGUAAGAUCGAGUUUGCGAAGGUUUGGACGUACGGGGCGACUUCUAACGACGCGAAGAAGAAGUGCAGGGAAGUGAUGCAGCACGUGGUGAAGAAACCGGAGCAUUUGAAGUUUUACUUCCUGUAAUUACUAUGAUUCCACGUGAAAAAUUACAGUACACUGUAUGGGACUUUCAAAUUUACAGACAAGGGCUGAACGAACAAUGUAAGACAAAUUCAUUCGUACAUACUCUCAUAUCAAUCCAUAUAUUGAUGCGGGAAUCUACAUGGAUAUAGCAUAGCAGAUAACUUAUAAAUGAAACAACAUAUUUAUUUGAGGUUACAAAUACCCAUGUAAUGACUCCAGCAUGUAUCGUCUUGAUUUUAUACCAUUACGACAAGCCCAGCUGUACAGAUGACGAUGGCUCCACUAUGAUAAUUGUUUGCCUAGAUGUAUCGAAAAUAGCAUUUGCACCAUCAAAAUCAUAUAACACUGUACUUUAUGUACGUGCUUCAUUCAAAAGCAAGCUUUGGUCAUAGCCGCUCGUGGAGUAUGUCACCCGAGGUGAAACAUACCUAUUCACUGAACUAAACAAGCAAAUUAGACUCUGUCCUGUCUUACCAGAAGCAGGGGUGUAAAUGUGAAAUUUAAUGUAAUUUUUCUAAAAAGUGAAAAUAAUGUAAUAUAAUAUGACUACAGAAAAAAAUCGUUAUUGCCAAGAUUGCAAAACCACGUGAACAACAAUUGCGCAAUGAUCUGA